AUGGGGGUUUAGGCAAGGAAAUGAGUAACCUAUGGUCACUCCUGCUCCUGCCCCUGUCCCUGGAAGCCUUCUACGGGGUCACAGGCUGUUUGGAGUGUGACCUUAAAUUCACAGAAGAUGUUAAGUCCUUGCUGGCAAACCUGUUACCCUCAGAAGUCCCUGGUCGAACUCAUCUGUUUCAACAACACAUUAAGGACGUGAUCCAUUUAAGCUUUAAGGUCUCUCACAGUGACAAGAGACUUUGGGUGUUGGAUGUUGCAAAGGUUGUCAAGUUGAGAACAUGGCUGAAGGAGGAAUUUUACAAACUGGGCAAUGAAUCAUGGAAAGGUGUCUUUAUCUUUCAAGGAAAGCUGCUCAAGGUCCGCAGAGACUUGGAAUCCAAAUUGACAGAGACAUUAAAGACUUUCUCUGAUGUCGCUUGUUCUGAAGAUUGCAUUGUGACUGAGGGACCCAUUCUUGAUUGUUGGACAUGUCUUCGCAUCACCCCCCGGUGCUUCAAAGGAGAAUACUGUGGAGAGGAUUCCAAGAAGGCUGAGAAUCGAGAGAUUGCACUGUUUCUGAUACUGUUGGUGGAAGUUGCAGUACUAGGAAGUGUCCUAUUACUAUUCUAUAUUCGUGUCUCUCAUCGGAGGAAAAUACAAACAAUUCGAAGGUCACUAACAAAAUAUUUGAAGAAGAAACUUGAAGAAUUAGUGGAGAUGGCAGAAGCAAAGGAGACCAAGAAAGAGUUUGGACCUGGAAAAUAAAUGCAUAGGCAGAGACAGGAGGUCUUUCUUGAUUCUCUUAAGUGUUGACUCAGAGUAGAAAACAGAAUUAAGCUCUUUUCUGGUCAUCAAGUCAUGGUAUUUUAAAACUGAAACAGAACUUGGACUUUCUGUAGUGAAGAUGCUAUUGAUAUCCUGAGGCAAUGGAAGCAGUGAG